AAAAGAAAGAUAAAAGCAAAAGACAAGUGGGUCAGAGUGAGUCGGAUCUUCUUCUGUUUGUCGUUCUGCCUACGAGAGACGACUACUUGAAAACCUGACACUCCCACUGCCAUGCCUACUAUCGCUAAACUUUUUUCAACUGACAUUCUUUCUCCUCUCGCCUAGAUGUGGUCAUGGCCGUGCGUGUCCAUCUCACGAUUAGAUUUAUUGCAAUCUGUUCUAGCGCGUGAUUCCACCUCCAACCCCAAGGUCCAAAGUCUUUCCCUUUCACUUCAAUUCUUCGCUCUUCCCUUUCAAUGGACCCUUUUCUCCCUCCUACGCCUGGUUCUUCCAGAUUCUUCAUGUCGUCAUCGGAUACCAUCACCACCACCACCGAAGCUCCACCAUUGCCGCCCUCAACCGAAAUGGAAGCGUCGGUCCUCGCCGUCGAAAGAAUCUUGAAUUAUAGUUUCAAAAACAAGCGCCUUCUCGAGGAAGCUUUAACGCACUCCUCUUUUGCGGACUCGGCCUCUUACCAGCGACUCGAGUUUGUCGGUGACGCCGCUUUAGGACUGGCUUUGAGUAACCAUGUUUUUCUAGCUUAUCCUCAGCUCGAUCCCGGCCAGUUAUCUCUGCUGCGUGCCGCCAAUAUCAGCACGGAGAAGCUCGCGCGAGUGGCGAUCAGGCAUGGACUUUAUGGCUUUGUGAGGCAUAACGCUUCUUCUCUUGAUGAUAAGGUUAGGGAGUUUACUGAUGCUGUGAGUCAGGAAGAUGAUGCAGUUGCUUAUGGUGGCUCUGUGAAGGCACCUAAAAUUCUUGCUGAUAUUGUGGAGUCUGUGGCUGCUGCUGUCUAUGUUGAUCUCGAUUUUGAUCUUCAGAGGCUUUGGGUGAUAUUUAGGGGACUUUUAGAGCCCAUUGUUACGCUUCAAGACUUGCAGCAACAACCGCAACCAGUGACAAUGUUGUUUGAGCUGUGCCAAAAGCAGGGGAAGGAAGUUGAUAUCGUACACUGGAAAAAUGGGACAAAAAAUAUUGCUAGUGUAUAUGUUGAUGGAGAGUUUGUUGCCACUGGUUCGUCUGAGCAAAAAGAAAUUGCAAAGCUUAAUGCUGCCAAGGGAGCUCUGCACAAAUUAUCACAUUCGAUGCCUUCUAAUGGCAGUCUUUCUGAUAUCCUGGAUAGCAUCAAUGGAUCAUUUGAGAUUGAAGGAGCAAAACAGAAGUUACAUGAACUCUGUGGCAAGAAAAAAUGGCAGAAACCAAGUUACAACAUUGAGAAAGAAAUGGGCCCUGCACAUGAGAAGAAAUUUAUAUGCUCAGUUCAGAUUGCAACUGUAGAUGGUGUGCUCUACAUGAUGGGAGAUGAAAAAACAAGAAUAAAAGACGCAGAAGGUUCUGCAGCUUCAUUAAUGAUACAAGCUUUGCAGGAAUCAAAUUACCUGUGAUUCUGUUAUCCUGAAAAUAUGAGCUGUUAUGGAUGGUUCUGUCCAUCAACAUACAUAGCCCUGGCAGCAGAGUAACCCUGCGAGAAUAUUGACUUGGGAUCAGCAAUUGCAGGGUGAUCUCUACCAUAUUUGUCCAAGAGGGAGCUCUCCUCUGGCUCGAUCUUGUACUCCAAGUAUUUUACACCCAUCUUGCUUGCCGGAUCACCAUAGUAGUUUGCUGAUGCCCAUUCCAACCCCAGGGGGACCACUUGCACCAUUACUGCCCCAUCGGGUAGGAAUACCUCAUUCGUAAGCCCAGCUCCAUGGGCACCUACCAUGACACUGCAGGAAUUAAGCACUGAUGCGAAUCUGUUUAAAUUUGACAUCCUGUAAGGCGCGGUCACAAUAACUCGAAAUCCUAGCUGCUCCAUCAUUGUCACCAUUUCAUUUUCAUUCAGAAACCUCCUUGAUUUGCGACGGGAAAUAAGUAUCAGCACUGGCUUUUCUAUCUCAGAAGCGUUCUUAAUCUUCAGAUUAUACGAUUGUCUGAGAAAAUGCUUGAAGUCAAACAUGGAGUACCCUCCUGGAAUCUCGGUAGAAUUGAUUACGAGAUUCUCAUGGUACACAAGCCCGAUAACAGCUCCUGGAAAGCAGUGAACACUUCCAUCAGCUGCAGGAUUUAUGGGCUGAUAACGAGACAAAUGUGAUAGAAUCCUGUUGUAUUUGCUAACCCACCAAGGCUUAUAGUCAGUGAUGACAAAUUGUAAGUUGGAUCGAAAAUGGCGGCACGUCAGGAAGAGAGGGAUGGUGAUCUCAUUUAUCUCAUGGAAUAGGUUUCCUGUGAAGCCGCCGGAGGAGAAGAUCACUGCAGGGACAUCGUGAGUGAAAUUACAAGGUGGUAGGUUGGUAGAGUUUCCGGGUAGUAUGUGAACUGUUGUGACUCUUUCCAUGGCAGUUUGAUCCUCUCUCCUUGCAUAAGGCUUAAUCAUUCCUUUAACUUUAGCCUGAGAGCCUGGUAUGUAAACUGAUAAUGCAUUAUUGUCGAUCCUAACCGGUUUCUUUGCAACACAUAACUCUGUGUGAUGGUCAGAAUGGCAAGAAAAACCAGUUGCUUCAA